AUGAGCAGAGGAGGAAAAAUUCUUACGAAGAAACGAUUACCGGAACCUCUGCGGUUUAUGUCUGGAAUUUGGGACCGAUCGUUCGAUGAAGAAAGCGAGGAGGAAGAGGAGGAGGAAAACGGGGACGAGAAGAAAAGAGAAGAGGAGAGAAAGAGGAAACGGUUCGGGUACUUUGGCGCGCUGAUAUUGCAAAUAUCCUUGGGCGCGUUUUACUGUUGGUCGUUGUUUUUGGUGCCUUUAGAGUUCUCGUUGAAUGUCGGGAGGGCGCAGUUGUCGGCGAUAUUUUCGUUGGCGACGUUGUUUUUUACGCUGUCUCUGUCGUUCAUAGUGCCCUCGUUGAUAUCGAGGAUUCGGCCGAGAACGAUGUGUAUUUUAGCGACUAUAUUGGCGACGAGUGGCGUGUUCAUGGCGUCGUUUUGUUCGACCGCGAUGUCGAUUUUUCCUUUAUAUAUCGGGUUUGCCGGUCUAUUUGGCAUCGCGUGUGGUCUCGGGUACGGGUUAUCGCAGCAAAUGUCCUCGUUUGCACCGUUUGGACAAGGGUUAGGGACUGGACUAGUCACCUCGGCGAGAGCCUUUGGCGCUUUCGUGUACGCGCCGUUGAUUGAAAAGAAGCUGGAUUUUUACGGCCCGGACGUUGCGUUGAGGAACUUGUCUUACGCGAUUGCCGUUUUAGGUACCGUAGCGUCGCUGUGUUUUCACAAAGCAUCCAUAGAUAUUCCUCUCGGCUUACGACGAAGAAAUAAGUUGGCGGUGACGGAUUUAGAAACCUUGCGAAGAUUGACCGAUUUGCGUCCGCACACGAUCAAGAUGUGGUUCGUAAACACCCUGGGAUGUUUUGCAGGAAUCUCAGUCAUUUCGCAAGCUGCGGUGUUGUUACUGUCUAGAGGGGACGCCACCGUUUCCGCGAACGUUGCCGCUGGCGUCAUGUACGUCUCUUUGGCGACAACUGCCGGAAGAAUCAUAGGAGGGUCACUUUGCGAUCGCUUCAAAGCAAAAUCGGUUUUAAUAUUCGCUCCGUUAAUCACCGCCGCAGCUAUGUUUUGGGCGAGCAGCACCAGUAGUGCCAUCAUCGGCUCUGUCAUCAUGCCACUCUCGGCAAUUCGAUUCGCGUUACUCGCGACUGGAUUAUCUUACGGCAUUUUACAAACCGCCGUGCCUUGCGAAGUCCGACGGGUCGCCGGCGACGGUGACUUUGCCCGAGCCUACGGUCGCAUCUUCACCGGUUUUUGCGUCGCCGGUUUCUUCGGUCCGUACGUCAGCGGGAUCUUAUUCGAUGCGUUCGGAACCUACCGGGUCGCCUUCCAAGUUUCCGGAUUAGCCAGUCUUCUCUCCUCCGUAGCCGCGACGACGCUCAAAGGCGAAGCCGCUGUCCUCAGGGAGAAGAGAGCGAUGGAAUUGAGAGCGGUCGAAGCCGCGGCGAGAAACGAUACGAGGUACGUCGAUUGCACGAGAACCAAAGAGAACGAGUGGGGGUCCAUCGAAACGUAA